CAUGGCGGAGCUGAGCGGCGGCAGCGAGGCCGUGGCCGUGGCGCUAUGGCCGCCAGGGGAGGCCCCGCCGGCCUUCCAGUACAGCCCCGACAGCGUGGCCGGAGCAGACGGAGAGAUCGACCCCACCGAGGUGACCUUCCCGGGCUGUCCCUGCCGCAGCAGCUCCUGCGUGGCUCCCGAGUGCCCCUGCCUGCGCCGUGGCCACAGCAGCCCGCGCGCGGGGCCGGCGCGGGAGCACGGGCAGCCCUUCUCCAGGCCCGUGUUUGAGUGCAACAGCCUGUGCGGCUGCGGGGAGGAAUGCCAGAACCGCCUGGUGCAGCGGGGGCUGCGGCUGCGGCUGCAGGUGUUCCGCACGCCGCGCAAGGGCUGGGGCCUGCGCGCGCUGGAGCCCGUCCCCAGGGGUGCCUUCGUGUGCGAGUACGCCGGCGAGGUGCUGGGCUUCGCCGAGGCUCGCAGGAGAAUCCGGGCGCAGGCUCCGCAGGAGCCCAACUACAUCAUGGCGCUGAGGGAGCACCUGCACGACGGGCGCGUCCUGGAGACCUUCGUGGAUCCCACCCGCGUCGGGAACGUGGGCAGGUUCCUGAACCACUCCUGCGAGCCCAACCUCGUCAUGGUGCCAGUCAGGGUGGACUCCAUGGUGCCCAAGCUGGCGCUUUUUGCAGCCGUUGAUAUUGCUGCCGGGGAGGAACUUUCAUUCGAUUACUCUGGAAGAUUCCAUAAUUUACCGGAAGCUAGCAGAGAGCAGAAACCUCCGGAGGAAGAGAACAGCCUGAGAAAACCUUGCUACUGUGGCUCCCGCACGUGUGCUUCCUUCUUACCUUGCGACAGCUCCCUGUUCUCCACACCAGAGAGUUCUCCAUAGCCUUUCAGCCUUAAACACACCCCCAAAAAUACUAUCUUCUCCAGUAGUUACAUAAAACUCUUUGUGUUCCAACAAGGAAGCACAUGUGUGUUUGAGGAGCAGCAGGGAGACACGGUUUCGAGAACUAAUUUUGUGCAAAACCCUUUUCAAGGUGGAUAGUACAAGGGAGUAUUGGAGCUUUGAGAUGUUCCAAAAUCAGUGACUAGCCAGGCCUGGUGUUUUUGUCUGGUUUUCCUCUGACAGCUGUACGUUAAAGCAGCUCUCUCAGUUUGUAUCAUUCAGAAAGUAUUUGUACCUUUGGCACUUGUACAUGGACAGGACAUGUAACAGCAAGUCACGGACAGUGGCACAAGAAAAUGACACUUGCAUGAAAGUGAACCAUGACUCUUGCAAGAAAAGCAUUAGGUUUCUUAAAAUCCAUUAAAUUAUUGUUUUUAAAUUA